UAUUCAUUAUUUAAAAGUACCUACAACGAACAGCAGUGAUUACAAAAUGAAACUCUAUUUGUUGUUACCUCUUUGCUUAGUUGGUGUAUUGCUUUCACUGGCAAUUACACCACAAGUAAAUGCCAAACCAGCAACGGACACUCAAGAAGAAGAGAAUGCAAGCGAGGAACCACCACUUUCACCAUUGCCACCAUUUCCACCAUCACCACCAAUACCAAGUCCUGGCUUUGGACCAUUAAGGCCUUUUCCGAGAUUCGCACCUUUCCCAAUUGGCUCAUUCAACUCAACUGGAAACUUUACUGGCCGUCCCUUCAGACCAUUUCUUUUACCAUUUUUGUUUCCUUCAGGUAACUUCACUGGCCGUGCCCUUCUCGGUUCUUAGUUCUUAUGCUCAACAGUUAAUCACUUCAAAAUCGCAGUAGACGCCGAUGCAUCACAACCAACAAAGUGUGAAAAUCCUUUCUUCCCUCUUACUUCCGAUAACUUUGAUGACAACAAUAGCGCGCCAGCACAGGAUGAUGAUGAUGAUGAUGUUGAUGCAAAAGGACCUCUGAUCUGGGAAGCGCGUAGUGGUACCUUGCGUUUCUUUCGUCAAUUUGUGCCCAAUUCUACUUUAGCAUAACCUUAACUCUUAUUAGUGUUGCCUGUUCAAAUUUUUAGAUUAAUAAGAAUAUUUACCUACAGAAUAUUGUAUUAUAAUAUAACAGAAGCAUUAGAAAACAAA